UUUUGUACCGUUAUCAUGAGUCGAAGGAAUUCAUUGCUUCCUGGAAAUGCCGGUAAAAAGACCGGGGAUCAUCUGAAGAAGCGCGUGUCCCUAAAGGACGGAACGCUGACCGGUCCGUCCAUGCGUGUGUCCGGGUCCUUAGGGGAUAUCAGGGAAGGGGACACUUACUAUCGGACGGUUCACAUAUAUCCCUCCCUUCCGGAUUCUCCGGAGGAAGUCACUGUCACCGUUUCCAAAAUUGGGCGUGAACCACGAACAGGGUCGUCCGCUGACAAAGCGGAGUCAAGACGGGGGUCGGUCCUGAGUGAUCGGACCGCGUCCCCGGGGCCGGUAGAUUCGCCAAUGUACGGAGAAAGGGCUGCAUCCAUAGCGGCUAGUGCUGGUGGGGCGGACUCCAAACGGCCUAAACUGGUCAUUUGGCCAGAAUGGAGUGAAGUCGAUGUCAAUGCAGAAAAAUGGGACGUCGCCCACAAAGGAGGGGCCAAGGACAAGGGCAAAUCACCUGUGGCCACACACCUGUACGAGGACCCAGAUGGGAGGAUUGAUAUGCCUCCAUCCCUCAAACCCCACUACUGGAAACGACCAUGUGACUACAUCACAGAAAAGACACCAGUAGUGGUGGACCAGGAUUGCCUGGGAGACUUUGAUCUCAUCAAGGCUAAUGAACAUCUCCACCACAGUGAGUUGAUGCGAUUCAUCAUCAGCCAGAUCACAUUCCUAUGGGAGACAAGUGCUGUCCAGAACCCUCCUCCGGAGCAGGCUGAUCCCUCUGUGCCAUAUGAGGAGAUCUCCCACUCCUGGCGACCCUGGGAACACAUAUAUGCUGUCAACAAGGUGGUCAAGGGGCCACACAUACCCCCAUACAACUCGUAUGGCAAAUACGCUGUCCGUCUGUACUGGAUGGGUGUGUGGAGAAAGAUCCUCAUUGAUGAUCAGAUACCUGUUGAUGAGAAUGAAAACCUCCUACUGCCUGCCACUACAAACCAGCACGAACUCUGGCCUCUACUGCUUACAAAGGCCCUCAUCAAGGUGGCUUCUCUCGAUUACACAGGAGGCAGCCCGAGCAGUGAGUUUGGAGACUGUAGUAUAAUCCAGUGUCUGACUGGCUGGAUACCGGAGUCCAUUCCCCUCCAGGGUUUCCUGGCGACACCCCUCCCUCCUCCCGUCAACCCUCAGGGUGCAGGUCGUGCCUCGCCGUUAGUGUCCGCUAGCCAGGUGCUUGAUAAAUAUUUCCAGCUAAGCUCCACGCCACGCUCUCAGGAAGGGAGUACAACAGCUCCUAGGGUAAAGAGCUCAAAGUCUACCUCUCAUGACCUCAGAUAUGGUCAUAUAAAGGAGGUAUGGGAACUACUUAAGGGGUCCCUCCCCGAGUGGAAACUUCCCCUCCAGGAGUGGGAGAAAGCCUUACUGGAGCAACAGGAGGCUGAGAAAAAAGAGGAAUCGGCUCCCUCAGAAACUGCUAAAGAUGAUAAGUCAGAGAAAGAUCAGUCGGCCAGUAAGGAAGGAAAGGCAGAGAAGGCAGAUUCCAAGUCUGGCAAAGAUGGAGGCAAGGACAAAGGAAAGGAUGCCAAGGACAAAGACAAAGGAGGGAAAGAUAAAGACAAAGGUGGAAAAGACAAAGACAAGGGAGGAAAAGACAAAGAAAAAUCCACACUUGAGGACAUUCCUAUUCCAGAGAAGCCUGAGGUAGUGGUGUUUGCUACAUACUGGAGUACUCCCAAAUAUCCUGUCAAAGUAUCCGUCCUUGGAGAAAUGGCUGAUGCGAGUGAGAAGCUGCGACAGAAUGGUCUGUCUCAUCUAUACCCUCACCCAGUGUGUAUCACUCAGACAAGAUCCUGCCCCCUCGAGCCCCCACCCCCUCCAGAGAAAAUACCUGCUUGGAAAUUGAUCAGACCAAAGAAGAAGAAGAAAACGCCAUCAGAUGAACCAGUUUCCACACCUGAGCCACCCAAACCAAUCCAGUGUAUUGAGAUCACCUCCUCCUUCCUAAACUACAAAGUCAGUCCAGUACCCAUACCUACAGAGACGCAUCGUCCACGGUCCUCGUUGGAACGAGGAGGUACACGGUCACGUCCAAAGUCCACUUCGAUAGAGGAGACUGAUGAAAAUGCACCUGAUACGGUGAAAAUUGAGGGGGAGGUAGUGAAUGAGCCCCCUCAGGCGGAGGAGACAGUAGAGCAACCUGCAGAGCCAGAAAAAGAUGGUAAGCCUGAAAUAAAGCCAUCUAGUCCAGGGCCCCGCACAGGGAGACGCAAGUCUUCUGCCACCAAGAAAGAUGCCAAGGAAAUACAGGAGGGAGGCAAAAUGAUGAGCCGUGAGUCAUCCCCAAAGAUACCCAGGAAAAGUGGCAGUGCUGAUAGGUCCACUAAACCAGACCGUGGCAAAAGUGCGGGGAGGUCAGACUCCAGGUCCAGUAAAAAGGAACAAGAUGACAAGGACAAGCUUAAAGGAGCUCUACAACAGGCUGACUCGGGUCUGGCCCCUCCCCCUCCUCCUACGGAGCCUGAGGAACCCGUCCUGGAUGGUGAAGAGGGACAGGAACAGCCAGUCACAGAGGAAGGAAAGGCAGAGGAGGAGGAGGCAAAACCAAGGAAAGUCUGGAUGGAUUUUGAGGAGUUCUGCAAAUGUUUUAAGACACUGUACAUCUGCCACAAGCCUCAGACUUAUGGCUGUAACCAGAAGUUCUCCGACCUGAAGAAAUUGGAAAAAAUAUACAAUAUACAGAGCGUCACUGCGUCAACCGCUCCCACUGGCAAGGGGGACAAGAAGUCAGCUCCUAACACUGCUGGGGUAAAUACCUCCUCCUCCAAGACUGCUCAAACUCCUACCCAUAUGCAAGCACCUUCUCCCACAAACACCCUCAGUACAUCAGGAUCAGAUGACAAGUCACCUCACUACCUAUAUGUGGACAGUCUGAAGCCAACAGAGAUUGUAGUGAACUUUUCCUCAUUGUCACGGUGGCAUGACCCUCCGCCCACACCCAUGGAGGAGAAGAAAUCUCACACGAGUGUGAAGGGAGGCAAGGGAGGUGACAAGGACCCCGAGAAGGAACUCACAAACAUUACCAGCAGUAGUGUCAUGGAAGAGGACCUUGUUUAUCUGAAUGAAGGGUCGGUGGUAGGGAUGGAGACCAAAGUACCUCCGGUAGUCCACCCAGGAUCAUUGAUUGCUGAGCCGUAUUCCUGGAAAAGUCUGGUUACUGGACAGCCCAUCCUCCGACUGCGGUCUACAGCGACACGGGCUGCGGUGCUGAACCUGCCAGCAGGGCGCCAUGUGCUGCGGUUCCAGAUGACAGCACCGUUGGGUCACCAUGUACACCUCUGUUCCACCACACCUUUUGUUUUUGGUGAUGAGGAAACAGUAAUGGCACAACUCACCAAGGAGAGCUGCAGGUUUGUGGACAAUGCCACACAAGUAAUGAACAGUAUUGGCAAGUGUAUUGCUUAUUACAACGAUCGUGACGCCUUCAAACAGGCCUGGGAGGAACUAGUCAACUACCACUGUCCCUACCGACACGACAAGCUCAUGUCAAAAGCCAACCACUUCAAGAUCUUUAAUGAUGCACUGUACAAUACUCUGAGAAAGUGUCUGUCUGACAUCGCCAACCAGGACCUUGCAUUUGCCUGGAGAUCAUUUACGUUUGAUUCCACAACCAAAAAUAUCCUCGGUUUACCCUCCAGCAGUAGGCCAGCAACCGGUAUGACCAGUCAUAGAGGAUCUGCAAAACCUUCAAAAGACCAAGGCAAGGAUAAAGAUAAAGACAAGAAGCGCAUGUCAAUAUCUCAUGGAGUUGCACAACAGGAGGUCAAACCACAAGAAACAUCCGUAGAGGGAGAAGCAGACAAAGUAGAAAAUCCCUGGGCAAAUAGAGAACCAACCACGGAGGAACAAGUAGCAGCCAUAAAGAUUCAGAAGGUUGGCAAAGGAUAUGUUGUACGCAAACUUCUGAACGCUCGCACACCUGGAACUGAGGAGAACACCAGAGCAAUGGAGGCACUACAGAAAUCCUGGGCCAUCCUGGAACAAAACAUUGAACAGAACGGCCUCUAUCUCUUUAGGUACAUGUUCAAACUGGAUCCUGAUAUCAUGUCAAAAUACCCUUUCUACCAAGACGAGUGGAACAAGAUCUCGUACGCAGACUAUACAGGACAGUACCCAGACCAGCCAGCCAACAACUGGUUUGUGGUGUUCAGGGAGAUAUUCUAUGUACAAGAAGAGAUGUUAGUGGUACCCAAGCUGUAUGUACCGAUCAACACGUGUAUGCUGAGGGUGAUCAACAACGAUACUGGGGAGGAGAUCCCUAAAGUCUUCCAGCGAGUUGCUCCCUAUGUCUACAAAAAAAACAGGAAAGGUUACACGUUUGUGGCUGAGGCUAGGACCACAGAAAUGCCAUUGGCUGCCAACAAGUGGAGGAUGCGUCUGAUUGGCUCCCUGAGUCCACUGCCAGCACCUCAGAAGAAUGAGAAGAAUGAAGUUACAUGUAACUCAACAUUCCAUGUACGAGAGCUCAAAGACUACUACAUCCCUAACCCAAAGGAUGUCAUAUUUAGGUAUGCUGUGAAGGUGAAUGAGGACCAUAUGCCUCCCAAUGUGACCAGUAUUCAGGUAAACACCUCCAAACAGGAUGUGUAUAUCAAGCUGGUCGUCCUGGACGAUGAGGUUGAGGUCGCCAGUACUACAGGCAAAGGUCAUGCUGUCAUUCCCGCUUUCAUCUUCCAAAAGGAUAUUGAUCUGAACUCUGAGGAUAAGCGACCCAGCUCUAGAACAUCUAACAAAGAUACUAAAGGAAAGGCCAGCACAGCCAAACUGAAGCGUUCAGGAUCAGCCAAGAGUGUAGAUGGGCGUGCCUCGCGGGGAAGCAGGCAUUCCGAUGCAGGAGUGAGUGAUGGAGAAAUUGAUGAAAAAGAUUUGAAGCCCCAUAAGUACAUCAUCCAAGCAACAGUGAUGCGUAAUAGUUGGCCCCUCAGUGAGAGCAGCUGGAUAUUUGUACAGAUGCUCAAGGACAUAGAAAAGAACGAACUUAAAGUAAGCUUCAAACCGCCUCCAAAUGAAGACAUUGCCAAUAAAGACCGGCCACCAUCUCCCCCGAAACAGGAGAAAGCUCCUGCAGCAUCUAGUAGCACACAGAAAGGAGGGAAGGGAGGUAAAACAGAUAAAAAAGGAGGGAAGGAUAAAGACAAGGAUCAGAAGGGAUCAAGGCCUCCAUCUCAGGCAUUUGACAUGACCAAACCUCACUGGACACUACGAGUGGUCAGCGAUGCCAGCUCCUUUGAGGACAUCGAGGUUAAAAAAGACACAGAGCGUGCAGAUGAGAUACGAGCCAUGAAGAAAGCAUGGGAGAACGCUGAGCCAGGCAGAGCGGCCAAGGCUCUGCAGUCCCGCCUCAAAUACUUGAACACCCAUCUGAUCAAACUUCACCCUGACAAGGAUGAGGAGGAGGUGAAGGAAGGCGAGGAUAAGCCGGAGUCAGAGGCUGAGAUCCCACCUCCUCAGACCCCUCUUUCUAUGCACGAAGACAAGGAGGAGAUUUUGACCUUGGAGCCACCCCCACCCCCAACACCCAAGGAAAUUCUGCCUCCUUUGGAUAUCACCCCUUUCCUCAGGAAGGCGAAUGGAGAGCCACGGUACCUGGAUGAGGAGGAGAUCCAACGAAGAGAGGAGGAAAACAAACAACAGGUGGAAGAAUACAAGGCCUUCAGGGAACAGGUGAAGAAUUGGAGAGAACAGGACAAACAGAUGAGGAACAACAUCAAAAUCAAACAGCUUGAGCAGUGUGAGGACCUACAGGCUAUGUUGGACACAGCCAGGGAAGGAAUUAAUAAACCUAGAGAGGCCUUCCGACAAAAGUUCCUUGAUGAAGAACGCAAGAAACAGGAAGCUGAGGCUGAGAAAGAGGCUGCGCUGGCAGCAGAGGUUACCUCCAAAUCACCCAAGGGUAGAAACAAGAGUGCAAAGGGUGCAAAGAGUCCAGGAGGCGGCAAAAAGAAGAAAUGAUGAGAAAGUCAAUAUAGGAUAAACAAUUGAUUUUACAGUGACGUCUUUCAUUCUUAAGAGCAUUUUAAAUAUUGCUGUAAACUUGGAAAUGGAAUUUAUUUUACAGCUGCACAUCUUUACUGUAAAUAUUAAUAUAUUAUUUUUCAACUUGAUUUGCCACUUUGUCCUGUAUAUAUUGACUUCUGACUGAUAAUUAAUGUUAGGUAUAGGUUUGCUGCAUAAUCAAUAGUCCAAAUGUGAAACUGCAGCUGUUUUAAAACAAAUGUAUUACAUGCAUAUCUGUGAUAAAUGCACAAAGUGCAGUGUAAAGUAUCUAAUGUACAUAUAUCUGUUUAAUAUAUCAAAGAAUUGUUCUGUCCACUCGACAAGCAUGGAAGUUUGAGGAGUCUACCAAUGAAUACAUAUCAGUUGUAAUAUACAACAAAGACUUUUACAUGUAUAGUGUAAACUCUGUUCUAAAGCAGGUAGUUGUUGUGAGGCUUUAGGUAAAUCUGUUGACUGCACCUCCUUGUGGCUUACAUAUCAACAUUCCUGUUACUGUGAUUGUAAAUAUGCGUGAACAUGUGUAAUAUUGGAAUGAAUGCAUAUUACAAGUGCUCUGUUUAGUUUUAUGCCUCCAUGCCAGCAUUAUUUCCAAUUUUGGCUCAAAUUGACAAACAUUACCUUUAAUUUAUAACUUUUCAAAUUACAGUUUGUAUUAACCAUGAUAUAUUUUAGGCAUUAUUGAAUAGUUGACAUUGUUUGAUAUCUGUUUUUGACAAUAUGACAUAUCAACUUAGUUAAUUAGCCAUAAUACAGUUUUUAUUUCCAUGUAUUUCCAUUGUGUAACUCGAUUGAUGCACAGUUCAUUUAUAUGAGAUAAAUCCGUCCUUCCACUGGUUCAUAUCGAUCACAAGUGGCCCUUACAUAAUGUCCGUCCUGCCCCUUGUCUGGUCAAUGUUGUCAUGUCAACUUACAUGUUGUCAGUGUAUCUUGAUGUCUAAGCAGAUUUCUGCAAAUCAAAGUUCUAUUUUUAUAGCAAAAAUUGAAAGAAUUCAUUCCAUCUACUCAAUAUUACUUUUAUAUAUUUCUUUUUGUCAUAUUGCAGAAAUUUGGAUGCAAGCUUUAUGUACAAAACUGUGAUUGACUUCUAUAAGAUUGAUUUUACUGUAUGUGCAAAAAAUGCUUAGAUUUAUUCAUUUGUAUAUUUUUGAAAAUUUAAUUUGUUAACACUUAAGUGUUUUACGUCAAAACAUUCACAAUUUUAAAGGAAUUUCUGAUGUUGCUAUUGUCACAGAUGUUGUAGAAUGAUUUGUGUGAAUAUUGCAAUUCUCAAUGUCUAAAAAAAUCUUUUGUCUCGAGCCACAACAAAGUCAGAGUUUAUAAUAUUUUGUAAUAAAGUAUUCAUAUAUCUGCUAACAGCAAUGUAAAAUACAAAUUCUACAAUAAAUUAUUGAAUGUUUUGAAA